AUGCACGCCUUGCCAGCCCAAACGAUGCUAGCCAUCAAAGCUGCACUGGGGGUAACGCUCACAGACUGGGCAGGGACUCAGUGCACGUGCACAUUGGAGGGGCAGACUCCUGGCCCAGGCGCAUGGACCGGCGUCUACUGCAGCUCCAUGGGGGCUGUUGUGGGCAUCGACCUGAGCUCCAACCUCUUCCAGCGCCGCCUGAAUGUCUUUCUUUCUGCCGUUUCUGCCCUCAAGGCUCUCAAGAAUAUUCACCUGCAAUACAACUGGUUUUCCAGCUCCAUCCCCUCCUCCCUCGUCGCCCUCUCAGUUCUCUCCACCCUCAAGCUGAAUCGCAACUAUCUGACGGGCACAGUGCCUGCUUUCAAGACUACCCUCAAGGCCCUCAACGUGGCCAGCAACCUGCUCUCGGGCGCCUUCCCCGCCAUCUCCCUCACCACCUGCGAUGCCCGCUCCAACUGCCUCUCCAGCGCCACCAAUUGCGCCAAUGCUGCCGGCACGGCGCAACGGUUAUCCUCAGAGUGCAGCGUGUGUGGGUCCACCGAUGCUUCUGGCGUUCUGUGUGGAGGAGGGCUGUGCGCCCUUGAUGCCUCCGCCCCUGCUGCCUCCUCCACCCCCAACACGGACGGCCAGCCGCUGCUGCCACUGAGCUGCCUGGGAGUGCCCAUAGAUGCGGCCAUGGUGUUGGCGUUGCUGAGUGUGAAGGCAUCGCUGGGUGUCACAUUCACGAAUUGA